GUAUAGUCCCCGCGCAUUGGGAAAAAAAGUGAUCCUUCACCUUGACAACAGCUUCUCUGUGCGUGCGAGCGUGUUUCUCUCCCAACAAUCUCACUUCAAUAAGGGACAUCAUGUCGGAUCGCGAAUUCAGUUCGAACGAUGACCUGUCGCUUCCUAAAGCGACGGUCCAAAAAAUCAUCACCGAGAUUCUACCCCCUUCUUCCGGCCAGACCUUCUCCAAAGAUGCUCGCGAUCUCCUGAUGGAAUGCUGCGUCGAAUUCAUCACCCUGAUCUCCUCCGAAGCCAAUGACAUCAGCGAGAAAGAGGCCAAGAAAACAAUCGCCUGUGAGCAUGUAGAGCGGGCUCUGCGUGAUCUUGGGUUUGGCGAUUAUAUCCCCGACGUGCUUGCUGUGGCAGAGGAGCACAAGGAGCAGUUGAAGUCGCGAGAAAAGAAGCAAAGCAAGAUGGAGCAGAGUGGACUGUCGGAAGAGGAGCUGCUACGACAGCAGCAGGAGCUGUUCCGCUCUGCUACGGAGAAGUACCACGCUGCCCCGGAGUAAAUGCCUGGGUUGGAUAACUGAAUAUGAAAUGCGUUUGACUCUUGCUGGCCAUAGAGGGAACAGGUUCGGAGUUUUGUCUUUCGGCUGAAGAAUCUCGGAGUUUAGGUUGUCUGGGAUUGAAACCAUGGUUUCUGAACGGGUUGGUUGGCCUUUUAUUUGUCCUUUUAAGUAUAGUUGCAUUGAUAUCUCGACUUUUGCCUUUAAGUACGCAAAAUGCUUGGACGUAUGUAAUACCAAUGCUGUAUGGGUUGUAAUCUGACGACGAUAUCAACAUACCUUUCCUACUUGUACAGGAUUGAGUGAUCCAUGAAUGUUGAAGCGUGAAGUUUUGAUGCUUAGAUAUCCGGUCAGCGGAUCAAUA